AAUUUAAGUGUUUGCGGCAUCUUUAAAUUAACCUAUUAUUGUGGCCCAACUUCAACGUUGUCGAUAUGCGCCUAAUUUAGUCCACAGGAUUGUAAAUAUGACAGAGUCAACUGUUGGCUCAACCGGUAGUCUCGUUGAGGCACCUAUCCAGUGGCCGAUGACGAAAACAUCAUAUGAGUUUGGAAAGUCCAUUGGCCAAGGAGCAACUUCUAUUGUGUUUGAAGCUCUUUGUCCUUCUAAUGGAAAGAAAUGUGCCAUUAAGAUAAUCAAUCUUGAAAAAUGCAGCACAUCAGCUUCUUUGGAGGAGAUAAAUGUAUGUGAUAAUUUUGCUUUCCUACAGCAUUGACUUAGAGAGAAAUAAAAUCUAUGAAAAAUAUGAAGAAUGAAAAUAUAGUCGCAUACUACGCUUCUUUCGUUGCCCAAACAGAACUAUGCAUCAUUAUGGACUUAUGCCAGAGAGGUUCAUUACUGGACGUUAUCAAAUAUACGCAAAAUAAACGAGAUAUCACCUAUGGUGUCUUCGAUGAAAAUACAAUAGCUACAAUCUUGAGAGAUGUUCUGCGUGGAUUGGCAUAUAUACAUGAAAAUGGUCUAGUUCAUCGUGAUUUAAAAUGCGGUAAUCUCUUAGUCAAAGAUGAUGGAAUUAUUCAGAUUGCAGAUUUUGGUGUAGCUGGAUUCUUAGCCACUCAACCACUUACGGCAACUGGUAGUGUUGACCUACGACGAUAUACAUUUGUUGGUACACCUUGUUGGAUGGCGCCAGAAGUUAUGCAACAGGCUCGUGGUUAUAAUCAAAAAGCGGAUAUCUGGUCAUUAGGUAUUACAACAAUUGAAAUGGCCACUGGUCAGGCUCCUUAUGCAAAAUUUGCGCCAAUGAAGGUGCUUAUGCUUACGCUACAAAAUGAUCCACCAGAUAUUGACAGUGUAGCCACAGUCAACAAUCAAUAUUUAAAUUAUGGACAUAAAUUUCGAAAAUUCACCAAAGCUUGCCUUAUGAAAGAUCCUGGUCAACGGUUGUCAGCUAGAGAAUUACUUGGACAUACGUAUAUUAAAUCGAAAGCAAAGGAUCGUGAACUACUCUGUCGUGUGCUGCUAGGUGGUGAAAUGCCUCCUCCAGUCGCUCGUGUGAAUAAACAUACAGAUGAUCGAUCAGAAAAACACGAUCCCAAGCAUAACAGUACAGAAUGGAAUUUCGAUACAGUUGGACGUAUAUCUGGUGGUGGUGGUGGUGGUGUAGAUAGCGAUGACGAUAGUGAUGAAAGUGAUUAUCAAGCUGGCUCAGGUGUUGAUCGGUCUGGUCAUAUACAAUCACGUGGUUCGUCUAGUGGAUUUGACUUCCCACAAGAGUUGUUAACACACACAAAUGCAGCUACAGCUGUGUCGGGCUCAUCUCCAUCGGCAGCCGCAGCAGCAGCAAUAGCUGCUGGUAGCGAUCCAGGUGAUGUUGCUCCUCAUAUACUUGGAACAGAUAAUUAUAGUAUUGCAGUUUCUGGGUCAUCUUUUCCUCCGGCUCCAGCGUGUACACCUGCCUCCCCAGAGACAUCAAAUUCAGUUAGCGCUAUGGCAGCUGCAUUUGCCAGUACAUUGACCACUUCUGAUCCUAAUAAUCCACAACAAACACAAACGAAUGAUACGUCUAUUGGUUUAUGCUAUCGAAUAACACUUCGUAAACGGAAUCCAAAACAGAAUAAUGAGUUACAAGAUAUCAGUUUCAAUUAUAUCCCAGGGAAAGAUUCUGCUGAUGUUUUGGCACGUGAACUAGUCGAAGCUGAUCUAUUGGAUGGUUGUGAUUUACUAUUAGUUGCCCACCAUAUGAGUGAAUUGAUUAGUAAUCCAGCAGCUCGUGAACGUGUUUUCCCAUUGAAUUCUCCACCAGCUCCUGGACAAGUUCCCAUUGAAUCAGAACUACAUGGUUAUGCAAAAGUUCUUAUUCGUAUUAUUGGUACACCUAGUGGAUCGUAAUUGUAAUAGUUGUGUUGAUUUACAAAGUGUAUGGAUAAAUUAUUCUACUUUUAUUCAAACAGCUUCCAGUAUAUAAUAGAUAAUAAAGUUUCUUUAUUCUCAGUUUAUCUCUCUUUAUUUUCUAUCAUAUUGUGUUGUAGUAGUACAUAAGAGUUAGUGUUUUUGUUGAAAUGUCUAAUAAAAUCUGAUUCUUACAACACUUGUCUAUCGAUUCAUCUCUCUCUCUCUCUCUCUCUCUCUCUCUCUCUCUCUCUCUCUCUGACACAGCCAUACACAUAUACAAAACCUGUUAUGUAAUCAAAGGGUUGUUCAUUGAAUUUUUACUUAAGAACAUUUCAUACUUAUACAUUAUGUCUUCCUUUGAAAAUAUUUAUUAAAUAAAUAGAAAAUAAUUUCGAAAUAUUAAUCUACCAACUUCAAAAUUAUAUGAAGUUGUAAUAUUAUGAAUUAUUUUUAUAUUAUUUCACUUUAUUUGUUCAACUUUGAACACUACUCAUUUCAUUAUUAGUAGUAUUAACAUAUUUACAAAUAAUUCUUCUUAUGAAGUAAUUGACUAGGCAUUGAGUGUGUUUGAAUAAUGUGCUUUAUUGGUUAAUCGUUAUAUUUUCUCUUAUGAAGACAGAGAGAUGUGUUGCUAAUAUAUGCAGAAAAUAUUCGUAUCUAUGAGGAACUGUAACAAUUGUCAGCUGUAUUAUGAAGAAGAAUGUAGUGAAGUAAUUAAGGGAGAGAGAGAGAGUAGUACACCGCUUCGCUUAUUAUGUACAACACACGCACAUAUCGUUUUUAUAUUCUCCAAUCUUGUACACAUACGUUGUUUCUCUCUCUUGUGUGUGUGUGUGUGUUCAUUAUUUCCUCGUCUUCAUGCUACCACAUCUCAUUUCACUAGUUCUGUUGAUUUGAUAAUUAACGCAGAAAUUAUAUGUUCAGCCUUUUAAUUUUUUUUAGUUUACGCUUAUGUUACAAAGUUGUUGUUGUUGUUGUUUUUCAAUGCGUUUUACUUGCUUGUGUAUACAUCUCUCUUUCUUUCUUUUUGUUUUGUUUUCGAGAUUAUCUUUAUAUUGUCUGUCCAUUUUAAGUUGAAUAAUAUUGACCAAAAGAUGCAUCGUUUGUUUUAGAGUGAAUAAAGUUCACCACCGUUAUCAUCAUCAUCGUCAUUAUUAUUCAACUUUGUUGAAGGAAAUUCAACUUUUCUAACUAUCCUAUGUUUUUCUUUUGUGGAUACUUUCAGUGAUAAUCAACUGUGUGAUUCACACACACACACCCACAAUGCCUCAUGUUGUACUGAAGAAUAAUACAAUUCACUAUCACAUUUGAGC